AAAUUUUAUUUGUUUGUUCAAAUAAUGUCGAGAGCAUUUAGUGAAAACAGAAUGGCUAGAACCAUCCACGACCCUUCUAAGUACUGGAAUACCAAGAUGACUAAGAGUUCUAACUACUUCAAGCAAACCCGUGUACAGACAUGCUCACAUGUGUUGUAUAAAAAUGGAAAGGCGAUCGCUGUUGCAUUUCCUUUGGAUAAAGCAGCAAAGAAAGCUAGUAAAUUGCCAGAGACAAAGUCUAUAACACAGGCCACUUAUGCCAGAAAGGGAAAUUUGCAUGCAGGAAUGCCUGUAAAGCCACUGAUGCCUUAUCAUCCAAAUGCUCAUAGAUCAAGACUGCCGACUGCGACUGUUGUGAUGCCAUACAGGAAUGCUUCCUCGAUUGUUAUUGGAGAUAGAAGUUCAGACUACAGAAGGCAAUUCACCUCUCAUAAUAGAAUAACUUAUCCAAAACAUAGACUUGAAGAUGCCACAACUAAUGGAGGCAUCCUUGCUACUAAGACUAAGUGGACUCAUAGGAGAAUGGGAGAUUAAGGUAAAAGUGACAGUUGAGAUUAUCAUUGUUACUCUUAAUUUGUUCUAAGUUU